GCGGGGAGCGGAGCCGGCGGGAGGCGGCGGCGCCCGCGGGCCCAUGGAGCUGGAGAACAUCGUCGCCAACACCGUCCUGCUCAAGGCCCGCGAAGGUGGUGGAGGAAACCGGAAAGGCAAGAGCAAGAAAUGGCGCCAGAUGCUGCAGUUCCCCCACAUCAGCCUCUGCGAGGACCUUCGGCAAACCCUGGAGCGGGACUACCACAGCCUGUGCGAGAAGCAGCCCAUUGGGCACAUGCUCUUCCGGCAGUUCUGCGAGACGCGCCCCGAGCUCUCCCGCUGCGUCAAGUUCCUGGAUGCUGUGGCAGGGUACGAAGUGGCUCCAGAUGAGAAGAGGAAGGAAUGUGGGCAGCACCUGAUUGAAAAGUACUUAAAGCCAAACAGUGAGGACCAUGUGCCUGAAGUUCCCUCACAACUGGUGGAUGCCUGUUGUGAGAGGCUGGAGCAGGAACCUUCCAAGGAGCUCUUCAAGGAAUGCACUAAGCUUAUCCACGACUACCUGAGCGUGGCUCCCUUUGCUGACUACCUCGACAGCUUGUACUUCAGUCGCUUCCUGCAGUGGAAAUGGCUGGAACGGCAGCCAGUGACCAAAAACACUUUCCGCCAGUACCGUGUGCUGGGUAAGGGCGGCUUUGGGGAGGUGUGUGCCUGCCAAGUGCGUGCCACAGGGAAGAUGUAUGCCUGCAAGAAACUGGAGAAGAAACGGAUCAAAAAGAGGAAGGGAGAAGCCAUGGCCCUGAAUGAAAAACAGAUCCUGGAAAAAGUGAACAGUAGGUUUGUAGUGAGCUUAGCCUAUGCAUAUGAAACUAAAGAUGCUCUCUGCCUAGUGCUGACCCUCAUGAAUGGAGGGGACCUCAAGUUCCAUAUCUACCACAUGGGAGAGGCUGGUUUCGAGGAGCCCCGGGCAGCUUUCUAUGCUGCUGAGAUCUGCUGUGGCCUCGAGGAUUUGCACCAGGAGAGGAUAGUGUACAGGGACCUGAAGCCAGAGAACAUAUUACUGGAUGACCAUGGUCACAUCCGGAUCUCAGACCUGGGACUAGCUGUGCACGUGCCAGAGGGCCAAACAAUCAAGGGCCGGGUGGGGACAGUUGGCUACAUGGCUCCAGAGGUGGUGAAGAACGAGCGCUACACGUUCAGCCCGGACUGGUGGGCUCUGGGCUGCCUGGUGUACGAGAUGAUCGAGGGCCAGUCCCCCUUCCAGCAGCGCAAGAAGAAGAUCAAGCGGGAGGAGGUGGAGCGGUUGGUGAAGGAAGUGCAGGAGGAAUAUUCGGAGAAGUUCUCGCCCUGCGCCCGCUCCCUGUGCACCAUGCUCCUAUGCAAAGACCCUUUGGAGCGCCUGGGGUGCCGAGGAGCUGGGGCCAAGGAAGUGAAGGAACACCCUCUCUUCAAGCACCUCAACUUCAAGAGGCUGGAAGCAGGCAUGCUGGACCCUCCCUUUAAGCCAGAUCCCCAGGCCAUCUACUGCAAGGAUGUUCUGGACAUUGAGCAGUUCUCCACGGUGAAAGGAGUAGAGCUGGAGCCCACAGACAAUGACUUUUACCAGAAGUUUGCUACAGGGAGUGUGCCCAUUCCUUGGCAGAACGAGAUGAUCGAGACAGAGUGUUUUAAGGAGCUGAAUGUCUUUAGCACAGAUGGCACAGUGCCCCCAGACCUGGACUGGAAAGGGCAGCCUUCUCCACAGCCCAAGAAAGGGUUACUCCAGCGCUUGUUCAGCAGACAGAGGUGAGCAGUCACUCCUGGCUGCUCUGCUCAGGGAAAUACCCGGUGGCCCACGGACAUGGCAAGAUCUGGGAAAGAGGAGUGUUACCCUUCAGUGCCUAUUCCCUUCCCUUGGCAGAGCACAACCUGCUUGUUGUUCUAACUGCCCCCUGAGCCACUAAUCCAGCAUCCCUGCUCUUGCUGCCUUUGUGGGGGAGGCCUUGCCCUCAGCUUGAGCCAAAGUUGCCCCUGCACUGCUGCUGCUGGGAGUUCUGCUCCCAGAGGGCUGUGGGAAGUUUCCUUCACUCCUCUCCGCAUGUCCGGGACACACCGAAGAGUUGAGAAACUGUGAAGGGUUUGGCAUUGCCCCGUGCUCAGACUCCCAUUUCAGCAGAAAGGGCUUCAGCUGCUUUUGUGGCCAGCUGGGCCCUGAGCAGGGCCGAGCGUCUGUGCUGGCACUUGAGCUUGUGUCCCUGGGUGGCUGCAGUCCCUGAGCCCAGCUUCCUCACAGCUUCUGAGCUAGCCAGCUGCGUGCUCACUAGUCUGUCUGCCAGGAGCUGAACCUCCAGAUGCAGCUGGACUGUUCUCUGCAGUCUGGGGGUCCCCACCAGCCCCUUGCCUCCAUGUAGCUCUCCCACACACAGGCUGGGGGGUGGGCCUGGCCCAUCCCUGCCAGAGGGCAGCUGUAGGCUGGGUUGUGUGACUGUGCUCACCCUCUGCUUGCUGUGCUCCUCUCUCCCUCCCUCCUCCCUCUCCUUGCCCUUCUGACUUCAGGACUGUUGUGGAAACUGCAGCGACAGCGAGGAAGAGCCCACCCGGCUGUAGAGCACAGCCCCUGGGACCCCCUUGCCUCUCCCGAGUGCCCAGCCUGAAGGACACGGUCGCAGUGGCCCCACAAGGUGGAUUUGUUUACAGUUUUAUACGUCUGUAUUUGAAGACUGUGAGGAUGAUUCCAAGGCUGGCAGCAGCACACGGCUCGGGUUGAGGUGCCUCUGGCCAUGGGCAAGCCCUAAACAAAACCCGGAUGCUUCCAAAUCUGCCACUUGGGAUGGUGCUGCUGCCACCGGCUGCCACUCCCGUCCCGGGCCCAGGGUGGGAGGGAGGGAUGGUGGCAGCGUGGGCCGAGGCCAGGCUGGAGCAGCUCUGCUGACACAUUCCACGGUGCCGAAGUGGCACCGCAGGUUUGAUGUAUAUUUAUAUAUGUCGGUCUGUACAUAUCACAUGUCGGUUUUUAAUCUAUGGGUGGGGGCCUGCACUGCCCCCACCCUGUCACAGGCACAAAUGUCCUCCUAUGGGAGGAGCAACAGUUCCAGGGAGUCCUGGACAGAGGCCUUCUGUGCCUUGAGGUGUCUAAAUCGUCUUUCCUGGACCUUUCUGGCCGUGCUGAGGUGUCCUGGCUCCAGCGGAGUCCAUUGCUCAGCCCCGAGGCACAGGAAAGGGCUGUGCCAAAAUGUCUCCCAUUGUGUCCUGGCAGCAGAGUGUCACUGCCUUGUCCUCGUGUCCCUGUCUGCUGGAGCCUGCUGCCUCCUGCCUCGUCUCACACGUGCUGCCAGCUCCAGCAAGCUGAUCCCGAGCCCCUCUCCAGACCACUGGCACGGCGGGACACAGCCACUCCCGGUCACCUGCUGCUGCUGUGGCCACAGGGUUGAUCUGAUCCCUGGCACCCUGCAGGAUGGUGACAGCACAGUUCCACCAGCUCUGGACCUGUGCCUUCCAGAGGUGUGGCCGUCCCCAGGCCCAGCUCAGUGGUGGAGGAGCAGACACAUGAAGGACCCUGCUCUCAGGGAGCAAAGCUGUGGUAAAGGGAAUGUCUCUUCCCGGGGUCAUGGGAAGCUGUGACCCAAGGGCGAGUGGGCUUGGACCAGCUUAGUGUGUGUCCCCAGGGGUUCUGGGGAGCCAGCACAGCUCCUGCACCCAUGGGCAGGAGCCCUCUGUGGGGAGCAGCAUGGGGAUCAUCCCACCUCUCCAUUCAGCUUGUCCUGCCCCCUCUUGUGUACAAUGUCCCAGCUGUGUCCUGAGCAAUAACUUGUCCCUUCUGUGUGUGUGUGCACACGUGUGUGCGUGUGCUGCUGCCUCUGCUCAUUCUGAGCCAGGCCCCCCAGGGGGGCUGAGCACCUACUUGGACCUGUGGUAUCAUUUGCUUGCCUUGCACUAAAGUUGGAGAAUAUUUAAAUUUUUAACCUUUUGUUAAGUGUAAAGAUUUGCUGUGCCUUGUAUUGCCCUUGUGUCAUGGGGGGGCCUGCUCUGGGCCAUAUGGGGUUGGUGGCUGUAAGAAUGGGAGCAGGACCUCGUUUCUGGGCUGUGAUGGGCUCUGCUGGUGCUCCUGUCCUUUAGGGAAGGACUGGGGUUGCUCUCCAGGGCAAAAAUGUUGAUGCUGGCUGAGUAUCACAGAUGACCCUCAGUGUCUUCUGCUGCAUAGUUUGGGUCAAUGUGGGGGCAUGACAGGUAUGAGGCCUUGUGCUGUUGGGAUGCUUGUGCCUGCUGUGAUCCCCUCUGGGGUAUGUUCAUCCCCAGCAGAGCCCCCCUGGGCUGUCCCAGGUGUGCUGUGGGGCCAGGACAGAGCCCUGCUGCCCUCUGGUCAGGGUGAAUUACUGCUUCAGGGGGGCCACCAUGAAUGGGAACCUUGUGGCAGCACAGUGCUGCUCCUUAGCCCAAGGAACAGCCCCUCCAAGGGGAGACCCUGCAGGGUGACCUGGGGUGAGGGUCACGAUGGUCACCAAGGGUGAAGCAAUCAAAGGGGAGCAGCCUGGUCGGGGAUGCAGGGUGGGUUUGGGGUCCGGGGCUGGUGGCAGUGGCCACAGCCUCAUGCGCAGCGCGGGGGGGCCACACGCAGCUGCACUGGGAUGAGAAUAGCAAGUGCAGCCGGGUAGCUAGGGAACAGUUGCUAUGGGAGCGGGCCGAGGAGGAGUUCUCACACUCAGAGGGGGCAUCUUGGGGUAAAAUCCAGGAAUUUUCUGCAGCCGUGCAAGGAAGGAAGGCAGGCAGGGGGAUGGGGACUGCUAAGGGGUUGCUGUUCCAAACACACCAGGCAGGAUUCUUGUGCUGCCCUCCUGGCAGUGCCUGGGUCAUGGCACCCUGGCACCAAGGUCCUGGGGUCACCAGCAUGUUCCUGUGCCUGUCACAAGUCCAGGGUGGCUCUGGGGCAGGGCCAGGGGCCAACAGAGCCCUGGCAAGCCCUGAGCAGGGCAGGGAAGGGACUCUGCCUGUUCCCACCUGCCCAGUGGUGCCCCAGCUUUGAAGGAUUCUCAUCCCCAUCCCUGCUCUUGCUGGGGGUAGCAGCGUGCAGGUGAGGGGAUGCUGGUGUAUGCCCAGAUCUGGGGUGGGUGGAUCUGGACCCUCCAGCCACAGGCGAGCUGUGGGGUUGCUGAGCAGUGCCCCACACUGUGGGGCUGUGGCAGCAGCUCUGCACACCAUUUUCAGGGGUGAAGGAUGCUCUCAGCUGUUGCCUGGGCAACGGCUCCUCCUCCAGCCCACCAUGUGGCUCGGGGAGCGCUCCCCCGCCUGCCUCCCCCCGCCGCCGUGGGGAGAAGGGGAAGGGGAAGGCAGCUCCCGGCCCCCGGCGCUGGCGGGGCCGGAGGCCUGGCUCCCUUCGCCCGCCCUUGCCCUGACCUGACGAUGCCCGUCGGCCUCACCGUGCCCCCCGUCCCUGCGGUCCCCAUGCCUCAAGGGAGCAUCCCGGCCCCCCCGCAUGGCCGCAGCCCCCUGCCCGCCCUGGGUGCUGCUGGGGCACCCCCACAAACACCGAGCCGGCAGAGCCCGGCUGCCGUGGCCGCGCUGUGAGGUCGGAUCCCAGGAGGCGAAUUCCAGCAAGGGCCCCCACCCCGGCGGUUCCCCCCCAGCGAUGGGCAGCGGGACCCCGGCAGCCCCGUCC